CACUCACCCGCACUAGUCACAUGACUCGACGACGUCAUCUCUGUGCCCGGUCACAUGACACUGACGUCAUCAAACGUCCUCCGCUGAUGUUUAGUAAUAACAGACUGUGGAACCGGGGGACAAUUUACCGGAGCGGGCGGCGCUGAGUCAGGAAUCUAAGGUUAUGGAUUACUGGAUACAUUGGUGAGGAACCCGUGCAUCACGGGAGGAGACCAUGGCUUUCCUAGACAAUCCUUUAAUUAUCUUGGCCCAUAUCCGCCAAUCACAUGUUACUAGUGAUGACACGGGGAUGUGUGAGAUGGUUCUCAUUGACCAUGAUGUGGAUUUGGAGAAACUUUACCCAUCAUCGGUGUCUGGAGAGAAUAUCUCACAGACACAAGGGAAUGGAGAAACUCAAGGCUACAUAUACUCUCAAUCUGUGGAUAUUACGUCUAGCUGGGAUUUCGGUAUAAGAAGGAGAUCAAACACAGCUCAAAAACUAGAACGUCUUCGGAAGGAGAGACAGAACCAGAUAAAGUGCAAGAACGUACAGUGGAAGGAUCGUAACACAAGCCAUUCAGCUGAGGAAUUGAGUUCUUUGUUUGAAAAGAAAAACUUUAAGGAAAAAGUACCACGCAGCGGAAAGCCGUCCAUAUUGUCUGUCCGCCUGGAGCAGUGCCCUCUACAGCUGAACAAUCCAUUCAAUGAAUACUCCAAGUUUGAUGGCAAGGGCCACGUGGGAACCACUGCCACCAAGAAGAUAGAUGUGUAUCUCUCAAUGCAAAAUACCCAGGACAAGAUGCUGCCCAUGACCGUGGUGACAAUAGCCAAUGCCAAGGUCCAUGAUCUCAUUGGUCUCAUCUGUUGGCAGUACACCACGGAAGGACGGGAGCCAAAACUGAAUGACAAUGUGGACUCCUUCUGCCUGCAUAUUGCUGAGGAUGACGGAGAGGUCGACACAGACUUUCCCCCUCUCGAUUCUAAUGAACCCAUUCACAAGUUUGGUUUCAGCACCCUGGCUCUUGUGGAGAAGUAUUCAUCCCCCAAUCUGGCAGCUAAGCAGUCGCUAUUCGUAAGGAUAAAUGCAGCCCAUGGAUUCUCCCUGAUACAAGUGGACAGUACGAAUGUGACCAUGAGGGAAAUCUUGGAGAAAGCUCUGAAAAGAAGGAAAGGCUCACAAAGGAAUUCAGGUCCUCAGUAUCGGCUAGAGAAGCAGAACCAGCCCAAUGUGCCUGUGGAUCUGGACAGUACACUGGAGAGUCAGAAUUCCCUGGAGUUCUGUCUAGUCAGAGAGAACAGUUCAAGAGGAGAAGAGCCCCAAGAGGAAGAAACGCAGAUUGAUAUAGCCACUGUGCAGGAUAUGCUGAGCAGUCAUCACUACAAGUCCUUCAAGGUCAGCAUGAUCCACAGGCUGAGGUUCACCACGGAUGUCCAACUAGGGAUCUCCGGCGAGAAGGUUGAGAUUGACCCAGUGACAAAUCAGAAGGCUAGCACAAAAUUUUGGAUUAAGCAGAAGCCCAUUUCUAUUGAUUCCGACUUACUUUGUGCAUGUGACCUCGCAGAAGAGAAAAGUCCAAGCCAUGCAAUGUUCAAGCUGACCUACCUCAACAACCACGACUACAAACACCUGUACUUUGAAUCGGACGCAGCUACUGUUAAUGAGAUUGUCUUAAAGGUUAAUUACAUUCUGGAGUCUAGGGCCAGUACAGUUCGAGCAGAUUACUUUGCCCAGAAACAGAAAAAACUGACCAGGAGAACCAGCUUCAGCUUUCAGAAGGAGAAGAAACCGGGCUAGAUGGGAAGUCAGAAAACAUGAGGAGAAAAGACUAGGUGGACACAUGGAACCUCAGUGCUGGCCGGCCAGAGAGCCUCCUGCAUCCUCAUUGUAGAGACACUGAUGAAUGGUGGCUAUGAGGAUCUAUCACAAUCUGUUAUCAUUAAUAUAUAUAGAGGGAGAAUUAUCUUGUCCAACCUGCAGACAUUCCCUCCUUUUACGGCCUUUAUGUCUGUGUGAACAGACUCCACUUAUUGCAACUUUGUUAACUUUUACAACUAUGUAGCCUUGUUUUACGUACUGAAAUAUUGACUAUGUUCAGGCCAUCCCGUAAGUUAAAUGCGCUUCUUAUGUAGUAGAAGAGGGGAAUAUGCUGGAAUUUGUUUAAUUCCUUUGAAGGAUACAUUUGCGUAAUCCCUUUUAUCCAGUGUAAGAGAACAGGGCUGUGUAAAUUUUCUUAUCUUGGAUCAGCUUUUUAAAAUAAAGAAGGUUAGAGCGUAUUGGUCUGUGCACAGAACUGUAUUGUACUGUAGAAUAUGUAGACUGUACAGAAAAGUAUUGUACUGUAGAAUAUUAUUGAGCCAAGGGUCACUACUAGACGUAAAAAUAUUUUGAUAAGUGCCCCACCUAAAACAUAUUUUUGGGUGUAAAAAACUGAAUAAGCAUUGCAUUUCAAUAGAUCUCUUUAAGCAGCUUGUUUCCUUCUCUCUCUGUUAGAUCAGCAUGUACGAUCAUUGACAAAAAUAAUUCACCCAGAUAGAAAUGUCCGAUUGCAGUUAUGUAAAGGAAUACAGGUAUGUCUAAAUAUUGGUGGACACACUGCACCAACUGCUCGUGUGAUGAUCUGGGGAGCCAUUGUUAUAUGAGGGACACUAACAGCUCAGUGUUAUGUGCAUUACAUCCUGUGACCACAUGUAUUGCCUCUCAUGCCAGGGAUUCCCACUGGCAUUUUUCAGUAGGAUAAUUCUCACUCGCAAAAAGCAAGGGUUUCCUGGGAAUAUAUUUACCAGAUUGCAACACUUCCUUGGCUUUCCCUAUUAUCAGAUUUAUUGCAAAUCAAGCAUUUUUGAGACUAACACCAGUUUCUGUAGCCUUGAAGUGUGCAGGAUCUACUGGCCCAGCUUCAGCAUCUGUGCCACAGAUGUGCCACAGAAUGCCAUAUGGAACCUGUGUGCCUACAUGGCCAACUGUGUCCCCUCUUGUAUCCAGCCUGAAAUCGGCCCUACAGCCGCUAAAGCCUCCUUUAACUUGUACAGUUUUCCCCAAUAAACAUAUCCUUGUGGCCAGUGAAUGGAUGAACCAGCAGGCCCUGCACUGAACUGGAGCUACAGGGCUAGGCAAGUGUGGCUGUUUUCCUAUUUUUCCCCUGCUGGAGCGGCAUAUUAAUUUUUUAAAAUAAAACACUGGUAUACCCCUUUAAUAGUUGUCUGUAAAAGGAUGACAAAUGAAGUCCCAGAUGUGCUCGAUGAGAGACAAGUCUGGAGAUGCUGCAGGUCAUGGUAGAAUGUUAAAGGGGUUUUCCACCAUAAGGUGAUUUUAGUACUUACCUACCAGACAGUAAUGGACAUGUUUAGGAAGGAUCCAUGCUUUUCUUGGGGCUAAUUGGCUGUGUUCUUAAUUUACUAUAAUGCUGAUGAUAUCUGUUUGUGAAAUGGCUAUUUCCUGUUUGAGUUCCCUCCCUCCAACUACAAGUCCCUGGAUUCCUUGUUUGUUGUGAGGUCACUUUUCUACAUCCCACACCUCAGCCACCCACCAAUAAAGCCCAGGUGAGCUACUUUCCAUGCUUACUGUGAACAACAGACCAGUGUUUUCUUACCAGGGUGCCUCCAUUUGUUGCAAAACUACAAUUCUUGCAGAAUGAUCUCCCACCCAUCGGUCGCCUCACUCAUUAAAGCAGACAGUCUUCUUUGAAAACCUGACUAGUGAUGUAAUGUCUAGGGCCCCACUGAAACCUGGGAAAACCUGAGACGACACUCGUUUUGUAUGUUGUUAAAAAUAAACAUUGGGGCAUAAGAAUUGCAAGACCAUCCAUCAAAUACAGGUAGAGACACAAUAUUAUGAACUACACUAACGUUACAGCCCCUUUAGCGUGGUCAAAUAAAACAAAUCCUGGAAUAUCCCUUUAAGGCCACUCAAGCUGAUUACAGAAGCAGGAGUACCAUGUGAUCUGACUUUGUCCUGGUUGAAAAAGAGCUCCAAGGACACUGCAUAGAAUUGGCUCAACCAAUGGUAUAACAACCAAAUCUGUGUAACAGGUACUGUUAUUGUACCUAAAAUUAAGACUAGUUCCAACUACUGUUAUGCCACCCACACCAUAAUUCUGGGAAAAGAACUGGUGUGAUUUUCCCCCAUAAAGGCCUCUUCAUGGCAUUUCCCACUUAAACUCCAGACCAAAGAAAAAAAAAAGUGGGACUCAUCGCUGAAGACCGCCAUUCAGUCUCCAUUGCCAUCUUGCUUUACACCAUGAUAGCCUUUGAGAGCAGUGGCUUGAUUUCAAUGGGAUGCCUAUAGCAGGAAAUCUGACUCGUAGCCCAAUGGCUUGCAAGCACCUCCUGAUGGUCUAUGUAGAAACUGCUCAACACCCUUGGCUCGGUAUGCAACUUCCAAUUUAAUUUGCAGUACAGAAUGUUUCACUACCCUAUUCUUCUAAUCUGACGAUCGGUCAAUGCAGAGAUCGGCCUCUGUGCACCUCUUGCUGUCAUUCCAAUUCAUUGUUCUCUAAACCACUGGUACACAUAACGUUAAACAGUGCUGACAUCUGGGCCUGCAUGCGUGCCCAUCUGCUAAAGUGAUAAACUAAGGUCUCAGUUCAAGGAUUCUGUCAAUCUCAGUUUGUGACUGACUGGCAGGUCAACAAACAGGAAGCAUUGCACAAACAUUCUGUACUGACUUGUUCCAAUUUUUUAGGUUUCACGCGACUGAGAAAGUUGGCUUUCCAUCUGGCCUUUACACCACUGAAGCCCCUCCCACAUGACACAGUUUGGAGUUGGUGCUUGAAAAUCUGAUAAUUUGCAGAUCUUGGCGACCUCUGCUACUUCCUCUCGCAUAUCACUAAUGCUUGUCCUUUUAUACUUGUCUUUCAAUGUUGAGGGUAUAUAAUCUUUACAUUCACACAUAUAAAAUUAUAUUUGAGUCCAACAACUCCUCCUUGGUGCACUAUUUUUUUUUUUUGCCAGUGAGUGAAUAUGUGCGAGUUUGGGGAUAAUAGGUGUCCACAGAAGUAAGUAUUCUUAUGUAUCUGUUUUUAAUGGCUUUCAGCUCCCUUCUCUCUGUGUUUAAGAUGGCAGCAGGAUUAUACACAGCAGCUUAGAGUGUGAAGAGUUAGGAGAGUAUACGUGGUGGGCAGCUCACUCAGGCUGUAGAUAGUGAGGAAAGCACAAGGCUGUCUGCAAGGAAGAAUCAUAUGGGCUGUGUACAAGUGUCUAGAGGAAGCAGAGCUAACACAGCAAGCUGUGGACUCCUGAACACAACCUUACAAACAGCAUGUAUUUCUGCAAGAUACACACCCCCAUGGGAAAAGUCUGAACAUAGCAGCAAACUGAGUAUAGGGGUCUGGAAGUACAGUGGGGCAAAAAAGUAUUUAGUCAGCCACCAAUUGUGCAAGUUUCCCCACUUAACCCCUUAAGGACCGGGGGGUUUUCCGUUUUUGCAUUUUCGUUUUUUCCUCCUUGCCUUUAAAAAAUCAGAACUCUUUCAAUUUUGCACCUAAAAAUCCAUAUGAUGGCUUAUUUUUGGCACCACCAAUUCUACUUUGUAAUGAUGUCAGUCAUUUUGCCCAAAAAUCUACGGCGAAAGAGAAAAAAAAAUUGUGAGACAAAAUUGGAAAAAAAAGCCGCCAUUUUCAAAUUUUUGAUCGCUUUUUAUUCAUUUUUUCAUGAUAUCAAAAGUGACCAAAAAUGCACUAUUUUGGACUUUGGAAUUUUUUUGCGCGUACGCUAUUGACUGUGCGGUUUAAUUAACGAUAUAUUUUUAUAAUGCGGACAUUUCCGCACGCGGGGAUACCAUAUAUGUUUAUUUUUAUUUACACUGUUAUUUUUUUUUAUGGGAAAAGGGGGGUGAUUCAAACUUUUCAUAGGGA